AUGAUGUUUGUUACUGGCAUUCCUGAGUCGCUAGAUGAUGAUCUGUUUAAGGAGAUGUUGUCUGUGUUCGGUGAAGUGAAGAUAUUUGAAAGAGGAUGCGAUCUGAGUGGAAAUCCAUCCACAUGGGCAUUUGUGAGCUACUAUGAAAGCACAUCAGCUGAAAGUAUGCAUUCGACUCUAUCAGGCAUUUGCAUUGGACAGAAUAAAAUAUCUGUAUAUCCAGAAUUGAAUGAGUGCAUAGAAAAUGCGAAUGAAUGCAUGAUACGCAAAAUCAACGCCGUAAUUGCAAAGUAUAAGGAUGGUGUUGAAAACACCGACAUUCUAAAUAAAUUUCUGUCAAGCUAUAGACUGAUUUACGGUCAGGCGAGCAACUCAAACAGAUUUGACGAGGCGCUGCAAAAAUGGCUUCAUGAAGAGUCAGAAAUACGCAAAGUUUGUAUGAAUGCACAGAAAGCGCUUGAUGAUAGAAAUAACAUGCAGUAUAGGCAUCUAUCGAUGUAUGAUGACGAUAACGUCAAAAAGUAA